AUGUCAGCUAACGCCGCGAAUCCUUUUAUCGCGAGCUGGAGUUUAGGAGAUGUUGACCCCACCAUCCCAGGUGCCUCAACACUCAAUCGUACACGUGACAUCAAUGGAUAUCGACCUUUACAUCAAUGGUCAUUCAAUACAACUCGGUCUAUGCUACAAGAACUUCGAUGGGAUUCAACUUCUAUACCAAUAGAUGCAAACCAUAGUUUAAUCAACUUCUCACCGUCUACAACUAAAUUCAUUAGCCAGCGUCUCUCAGCUAUAACAUCGCUGAAAAUCUCUCAGUUAACACAAACUGAGGUCCACAACCCAAUUGAUUGUAACCUUUGUCAAAGGGUUGGACACAGAAAAUAUCUUUCUGAAACACUAGUAACACUUUAA